AAAACUACCAUUAUAAAAGCAUGUCUCCAGCUUUUGAUAGGUGGGGAAGGCGAAGCAAUAGUCACUCUCCAAAUAAUGGUCGGACCCAGUCUCGCAGAUACCCUGGAAGAUCCCGGAGCCGGAGCAGGAGCAGGAGCAGGAGCAGGAGCAGGAGCAGGAGCCGGAGCCGGGCAAGGGGAGAAGGUAGGAGCAGGAGUCGCAGCAGGGGAAGGGAUAGGUUUAGGGGUUGGACCAGGAGUAGAAGCAGGAGCAAGAGCAGGGACAGGGACAGGGACAGGGGUAGUAUGAGAGUUCAGAAUAGGAGUCGUAGUCCUCUCCAUAAUUCUAAACGUGAUCCAUAUGCAUCAGGUGAUAGAAGGAGCGGCCCUCGUAUGUCAUCCCAGGUAUGCAGAAAUUUUACAGCGGGGAAUUGUAGGAGAGGCAGUGACUGCAGGUUCUUUCAUCCAGAUGCUAUCAAUCAUAGGGACGGAGGUCAUUCAGAGGGCAACUUGGCUGAAAGAUUGGGUAGUCGUCCAGAGCGUGGACAUGUCUCAAGGUAUGCUGAUAGUGAAGGUCCUGGGUACCAAUCAAGGGAUAGGCUUCCUGACAUGCAUCAUCUGGAGGAUGAGAUGCACAGAAACUGGAAUAGAGGUACAAUUAUUUGCAGGGAUUUUGUGAAAGGCAACUGUCGCUGGGGUGCAUCAUGCAGAUUUUCUCAUGAUGGUGCCUCAGGUGAUAGCUAUGACAAAGGUACUCGGAGUGCAUCCUUUGAUCAUGGUCAGGACAAUCAAGCAAGCAGAAGUGGAAAAUCACUUUGCAAGUACUUUGCAGCAGGAAAGUGCUAUAAGGAUAACUGCAAAUUCUCUCACGAUGCCACAUCAAGAAAUCAUGAAAUUAGGCCCUCGGAUGACAUUGGUGGCCACAGACUUGAUGACAAAAAUAACUGGUUGAAGGGUCCAAAGUGGGAUGAUGAAGGAAGGCCCUCGGACCUUGUAAAGGCUAGUGGGUGGGAUGAAGGAAGGCCCUCGGACCAUGUAAAGUCUAGUGGGUGGGAUGAAAGUGUAGUAAGAAAAGAUACUGCUGUCACAGUUCUUACAGAUAGGACCAAUGAAAGAUUGGACCAUAGUUUUGAAAAUGAGAGCAGAGCCUGGGGAAGCACAGAACCACAUUAUAUGAAUUCUGACCGAGAGAGAGGUGUUUCUCCUCACGGAGGGAAUGCUGGUAAUCUUAAUGAUUUGAACAUUUCAGAAUCUUCAGUUAUGCAAAAGCUUACAAAUGCUCAAGCUAUUCAUCUCACUUCUCAAGCUUCUGAUCAAAAUAUGGAGAGAACUUCGGCACAUGUCCUUGGACAUAAUUCAAAUCCAGAAGCUUCAGGCAUCAUUCUUUCUGCCACGGACAAUCAGCCUUAUGGAUCUGCUAGUUCUUAUAUUCAGCCACAGGGGCUGACAGAAGAUAGCAUUGCCAGAACACUUGGCUCUAAUGCGCUAAAUGAAUUUAUGCAUGCUAGAGACGGUCUUCAUCAAGUUCAUUUGCCUGGACAGAGCUUCAGUGGUACAGGUAUUGGUAUGAGCUCUGAACAUUCUGCAGCUCUGAAUGGAACACACCAAGAACCGAAUGUGUUCUUACCUAUCCCAUCAACUGGACACAAUAAGAGAGAAGCACCCGGCACACCCGAGAUGCUGGAAUUCAAAGUCCCUCAAAAUAUUUCCUGUACUGUUACUGGUGAGCAAGUGCACCAAAUGAAAUCCUCUCCAACGUCUAUGAUAAAGAAAUUUGAGGAAGAACUGCGAGAAGCCCAACUGCAAAGAGUCUUAAAUCCCUCUGAUCCUUCAGGAAUGCUAGCUUCUCAUCCGAUUUCUUCACUUGUUAAUGCUAUAUAUGGUCAGACCAAUCCGGAGAUGCGGGGUCCAAAUAACUACCAUCCUGCAGAUGGCGUAGACAAUUUUAAGAUGCCCCCGGACAACUCGUCUUAUUUGGAUAGAGAGAGUAAUAAGGUUCCGGUGGAGCAAAUGAAUCAAUCAUCUACCAUUGAUCCUGAACCUGGAAAUAACGAUCAAAUAGAUGAAGUCAAGCAGCAGGAGAAUAAAUUAGUUGAAGUCAAUGGAAAAGAUAAAUUAGCUCCCGAGGAGUCCAAGGAUGGGCAAGAAAAUGAUCAUCCAGGAGAUAUGAAUAUGCAUGGGAAGGUUGAGGAGGGAAGUGGUAACAAAGAUGAAAAAGCGAUGCGUUUAUUCAAAAAUGCUCUAAUAGAGUUUGUUAAGGAGAUCCUCAAGCCCACUUGGAAAGAAGGUAAGAUGAGCAGGGAAGUUCACAAAACAGUUGUUAAGAAGGUGGUUGAUAAGGUGACUAGUACAACUCAAGGAGAACAUGUCCCUAAGACACAAGAGAAAAUAGAGCAAUAUCUGUCCUAUUCAAAAGCUAAAAUUACCAAACUUGUACAGGCAUAUGUGGAGCGAAUUCUGAAGAAUGAAGCUUGAGAUGCCAUGUUUAUACUUGUUCUUCCUUUUCUCUUCUAGAAAAAUCAAAUUCGAUAGGGAUUUGAUUUUCCAACAUGUACUGAAGGUUUAGCUGUGUUAGAUGUGUUAGUUUGUUCUGGUGAAGUCAAAUCUGCUCAUGGUUUCCACUAGCUGGAUAGAUUCGGUUUUGCAAGCAGAAUAUCUGUUAUUCCUACCAUUUAUUUCCGGAUUUAUCCUUGUUUGAGCAUUAUAUGUAAUGGGCCUUUCCUCCUUACAGAUUCAAUAUGGUAGUUUCUUUUCUUUUUCA